GUGGGUCGGUUCAAUCAAUGUCCUUGUCCUAUCAGACGCACACUGUUUGACUGACUUCGCGCAAGGGCUUGGGAAUUCGUUUGUACUUGAAUUAUAUUCAUUCUAACAAAAUGAUGGCAGCCAGGUUUCUCCGUCGCUCUCUCCCUGUAUUGAGGCAAACAAGAUGCUACGCCGACGCGCCUUCAGGUUCUGCCCAGAUGUCCUUCACAUUUGCCUCGCCAACUCAGGUGUACUUCAAGGAGGCCAGUGUGAAACAGGUUGACGUACCCACGCUGACUGGCGCUUUCGGUAUCCUCCCUGCCCACGUCCCCACGCUGCAGGUUCUCCGGCCCGGAGUGGUCACCGUGUUCAACGAUGAUGGCUCCGCAACAAAGUUCUUUGUGAGCAGUGGGUCAAUCACAGUGAAUGCAGACUCCUCGGUGCAGCUGCUGGCUGAAGAGGCUUUCCCCCUGGACCAGCUGGAUGUGGCUGCUGCCAAGGUCAACUUGGAGAAGGCCCAGUCUGAAAUGGCGUCUGCGUCUGACGAGGCUGCCAGGGCCGAGGUUCAGAUCAACAUAGACGCCAACGAGGCAAUCGUCAAAGCCCUGGAGUAGGCCGUGCGACUGGUCUCUGUGGUGUCGUGUUGGUAUAAAGGAAAUGAAAAUUCUCCAACUGUUUCCUGGACCAGUCAAGUCAGUAACUGCAAGAUCUCAUGCUUGCUUUGUACAGUGGAAUGAAAUGACCAAUAAAUGUAUUUGGAUUUACCUGCCAAUAAUUCUGUAUUUUUGUACCUUUUUAUGUAGGAUUCAAUGACUGGUAUUGUGUGCUACAUCUUGUAAGGGAAAAGAGACCAAACAUAGUACAAUGUGUACAAUGUAUUUUUCCUGUAUUUUGUGGUUAUACUUAAUGCAGUUCUCCUUUCCGCCACUUGGUGACAGUGUUUUCGUAGACCAGUCACAGCAAGUAGCAAAUGGAGCGAAGUCUGUUCCAUUGUGGUGAGACAAACCCAUUAAACCAAGGGUAGCUGUUAUAA